AUGGCAUCCAAGAGCAAAAAACCCCCAAUGACAUCAAUACGAGAAUUCACAGUCGCAGAUGCCAUCACGCUCUGCAACAGCGCAUCUGGUUCAACAUCUGUUUUUUGUACGUUGAAAUACGUCGUCACCGAAGACCCCAUCUUUUUAUAUGCUGCUAUAUUGCUGUUGCCUGCUGCGUUGAUAUUUGAUGUGCUUGAUGGACGAGUUGCGCGAUGGAGGAAGACAGCCUCACUGAUGGGUCAAGAACUGGAUUCGCUGGCUGAUGUGAUUAGCUUUGGGGUGGCUCCGGCUGUGUUGGGAUUCGGUGUCGGCCUACAAGGACUCUUUGACGUGUUGAUACUCCUCUACUUUGUCAACUGUGGUGUGUCGCGUCUGGCUAGAUAUAACGCGACGGCCGAGAUCAAGAAGGAUGCGUCGGGGAAGGUUACGUAUUUUGAAGGGACGCCUAUACCGUCAACGGUACUAAUAGCCUUGAUCAUAUUGUGGUUUAAGCAGUAUGAGUGGAUUGGAGAUGAGAAUCUUCCGGGUGGCAAGUGGAUUAUAUUUGGAUGGACAUUUCACCCAUUCGCACUAAUAUAUCUCGCAUCGGGAACCGCCCAAAUCACAAAGACCUUACUCAUUCCCAAGCUAUGA